GUGAUUUAGACUUAUUGAUCAGUAGUCUUUGGUGAAUUUUAGAGUUGUAAAGUUGUCGGGCUUUUCUUUUCUUUAACUAAACAUUUAUUAAAUUAUUCCUGUACUAUUGUUAUAUAAGAUGUACUCGUUCGCACAUAAAAAUAUCAUAUACGGUGUCCUUUUGUUCGUUGUGUUUGCCUUGGCGCAUGUGACGGCCGAUGAACACUCGGUUAACCCAGCGGUGCCACGUACGUGUUACAGUUGUGAAGGCAUCAACUGUUUGCGAGUAACACAAUUGAAUGUCACCAGCGAUUGUUUGGAUUUGUUGGAUUAUUGUGUGACAGUAUUUAGAGGAUUCACAGUAGUUGCUCGCGGUUGCUAUGCUGACUUGCAAGCGGACUUGCGUGAUAAAUGUGACUUGGCCGACCAUCCCGAGUGUGUAAAAUGCUUUGGCAAUCGUUGCAAUGACAAAGGACGCGCCGAUUUCCAAUGCAUCGAGUGCAAGUCGAGUGAGGAUAAAAGAUGCGACAGCGACUCGGACGCUCUGACCGCCGUGCAAUGCCCCGUGCCCACCGCACAGAACUCUUACUGCUAUGUCCGCGAAUCGAAGGAGGAAGGCAUCACACGUGGCUGUUUUGUGCAUCAACAAGAACAGGAAGAGUGCCUCAGUGAUGCACAGUGUUCCAUGUGCUUGAGCGACGACGCGGUGGCUUGCAACGCAUACGUAAUGGCCACAGAAACGAAAUCAAGCGGCAGUAGUGGACUCAGCAAAAUCAGUAUCGCAACUACCGUUACUGUUUUUCUGUUCGCUUUCAUAGUGCGUUCAUUAUAAAUAAGUGAUAGUGUUUUUUGUAGUAGAAAUUAAGUAUUCGAUAUAAGUAUUUAACGGCGAAUUCUCGCGAUAAGAGAACAUUAUAAAAUCUAUAAUCUGUUAAUCUUCAUGUUGUAGAAAUAAAGAAAUUGUAAUGACUAGACUUAGUAAGGUAUAAACUGAAA